AUGACAACAACGCUUGCAUCAGCGUCAGCAUCCUUUGACGCCAAGCGUGCGCAGCAGCUCGCGCGCGACACGUUCAAGACGGAGGCCGAGGCGCUGCUGGCCCUCGCCGAGCGCGUAGACGAGUCGUUUGCCGAGGCCGUCGCGCUCAUCCUCGCCACGACGGGCCGCGUUAUCGUCAUGGGCAUGGGCAAGAGCGGGCAUAUCGGGCGCAAGAUCGCAGCGACGUUCGCGUCGACGGGCACGCCGGCGUUCUUCGUGCACCCCGCCGAGGCGGGCCACGGCGACAUGGGCAUGGUGACCUAUGGCGACCUCAUCCUCGCCAUCUCCAACUCGGGCGAGAGCUCCGAGCUCACCAUCCUCCUCCCGCUUAUCAAGCACCUCGACGUGCCCCUUAUCGCCGUGACUGGCGGCCUGCACUCCACGCUCGCGAAGCACGCCGACGUCGUCCUCAACUCGAGCGUACACCGCGAGGCUUGCCCCCUCAACCUCGCGCCGACGACCAGCACCACCGCGCAGCUUGCGCUUGGCGACGCGCUCGCCGUCGCCCUGCUUGACGCACGGGACUUUAGCUCCGAGGACUUUGCCCGUUCGCAUCCCAUGGGCGCGCUCGGCGCCCGCCUGUCGCUCACGCCGUCGCGCGGAUCCACGAGCAGCAGCAACGCGAGCUCGCGCACAAAUAGCUCCAACGGGACACGGGGGACACGCUUCUCGUUCGCAUAG